UCAAGUAAGCUUGGCAAUGUUCCUCAUGUGAUAUUCAGUCGGGCAGGCUGACCCACCUCACCGUUCCCACGCACCAAUUUGGGAAUUAAAUGACGUUUUCCGCACCAUUUCAACACAGAACCACAGCAACUAAAUUUUAAAAUUGCUCAGAUUUUUCCGUGUAUAGCAAGAAUGUCCAGAAUCUAGUUUGGGGUCGACAAUAUUAAAUUUACGCACGAGGACGACCGGCCGUGGAACAAACUCCUAACAUAAGACCGCAAAAACAAAACAAAUUUCAAUUUAAACAGAGGAAUUAUAAUUUAAGACCGGGAAAAGCGCAGUAAAGAACUCAUUUGGAACUCGGGCCGAGAAAUUAUAAUUUAGGCGAUCUUACGGCAUGUAAUUUAAGACUAGUAAGAGCAGUCAAAAGGCCCUAAUUUGAAUUUAGGACCGUAAAGCGGUGUUUGAUCCUAAUGCCCAUUCACAGGAAUAGAAUUUGCAGAGCAAAACGCGAAAUUCUUCUCCAUGUGACCUCCACUUGCAUCAACAUCGAGAAUAACCGAAUAAAUAGUUGCUGAGUAUUCCAAAGUCAACAAUAACAGUAAUAACAGCAAAAACACCAAGAAUAAAGAUUUGUAACUAUAGCAACCAGCGAAUCAUCAAGAACCAAAGAGAUAUUAGCAAGCACAAAAGUUCCCAAGAAUUACGACGUUCAUAGCAGCAGCAACAAUACCAACAGAAACAACAAACAGAAUCAUCACCCUACCAACAGAAAUGUUCCAGACUUUCGCUUGUAUUACAUGUUUCUUUUCAAUCACCACAUUCUUCAUGUAUUUGCCGCUCCAGUAUCUCUCAGACUGCUAUUUCCAGCAGACUGAUCAUCGAGACUCGUAUUGCAGCAUUGCUACCAACGACCGUUUUGACUGCCAUCCAGAAUCGGGUGCCUCAGAGAAAUCCUGCAAGGAAAGAGGAUGUUGUUGGGAUGAGAUGUCAGAAUUUGCAUGUUUCUAUCCCAAACAUUUUGUGGGUUAUAUCUUCAACAAAUCUGCCGUCACAAAGACAGGAUAUUCUUAUGGGCUGAGUCGUAGCAAACCUUCACCGUUUCCCAAAGAUAUUGCAGAGAUCCAAAUGGAUGUUUAUUUUGAAACGAAGACAAGACUACAUAUCAAAAUAUAUGACCCACAUCAUACGCGCUAUGAAAUACCAUUCAAAGUACCAAAAGCUGACAAGCGGGCUCAAUAUGUCAGAUAUUCUUUCAAGACAUCUUAUAUCGGCGAACCUUUCCAGUUUAAUGUUUCUCGGUUCGAUCCCCUCACAGAAGCUGCCGGAACAACUCUAUUAGAAACUAAAGGUUCUCUGAUAUUUGCUGACCAAUUCCUUCAGUUGUCUUACCAGUUACCUUCCAAAUACAUCUAUGGUCUUGGAGAACAUCACCUUCCACUCUUAUUACCAUUGGAAAACCAAAAACUAACAUUUUGGAAUAAGGAUCAUGUUCCUGAGGAUGCUUUGAAUUUGUAUGGCUCCCAUCCAUUCUAUCUGGUUCUCGAAGAGGAUGGAACCAGCCAUGGGGUUUACAUUCACAACAGCAAUGCUAUGGAUGUCAUCUUACACCCGUUCCCAGCCCUAACGUGGCGCACCAUCGGAGGCAUAUUAGAUAUGUAUGUCUUCCUGGGACCGAAACCCAAUGAUGUCAUCCAGCAAUAUACCGAAGUGAUUGGAAGACCGUUUAUGCCGCCUUACUGGAGCCUUGGCUUCCAUCUCUGCAGAUAUGGUUAUCCGACAGCGAAUAGAACCUUGGAAGUGAUGAACCGUGUCCGAAAAGCCGGGAUUCCUCAGGACGUCCAAUGGAAUGACAUUGACUACAUGUACAAGGAAAGGGAUUUCACUUUGGAUCCUCAGAAUUUUGGUAACCAAUCGGCGUUGGUUAAAGAAAUUCACAGUCGGGGAAUGAAAUACAUCAUUCUAAUCGAUCCCGGAAUCUAUGCUGGACCAUCGGAAAAGCCAUACAUUCCUUUCCAGCUUGGUAAGAAGAUGGAUAUCUUUGUUAAGGACAGCACCGGCAAGGAGAACCUUAUUGGUAAGGUUUGGCCCGGAAUAACAGCAUUUCCAGACUUCACACACCCAAGAAUAAACCAAUACUGGCAGCAAUUGAUCGGCAAUUUCCACAAGCUUAUCCCUUUUGAUGGAUUAUGGUUGGAUAUGAAUGAAAUAUCAAACUUUGUGACUGGAUCAAUACAUGGGUGCCCCAAACAGUCGCCAUAUGAAAAUCCACCAUAUUUACCAGCUGUUCGUGGAAGGGCCCUUAAAUUUUCAACACUCUGUGCAUCUGCCCAACAAUAUCUCUCCUCGCAAUACAAUUUACAUAACCUCUAUGGAAUCACAGAGACCAAAGUAUCCUACAGCGCCAUGGUUAAUAUUCGAAAGAAACGACCAUUCUUGAUCUCCCGCUCAACGUUUUCUGGCAGUGGUCGUUAUGGUGGACACUGGACAGGAGACAAUUCGGCCACAUAUAAAGACAUGGCUUCCUCAGUAACAGACAUCAUCAACUUCAACUUGUUUGGUAUUCCAAUGGUUGGGGCAGACAUUUGUGGCUUUAACGAAGAAACUACCAAAGAACUGUGUCAAAGAUGGUAUCAGUUGGGUGCAUUCUACCCAUUCUCUCGAAGUCACAACUGUAACAAACUAAAGGACCAAGAUCCAGCAGCAUUUGAUAAGGCAUUUUCUGAAUCAACGAAGAAGGCUUAUAUGACCCGAUAUUCUCUACUGCCCUACCUUUAUACCCUGUUCUACAAAAGCCAUGCAAAUGGAUCAGCAGUGGUGCGGCCCCUCUUUUACGAUUUCCCGAACGAUAAAGCAACAUACACUUUGGAUACACAAUUUUUCUGGGGUUCUUCUUUAUUGAUUUCUCCAGUUCUUCAGUCGGAUGUACAGAAGGUAGCAGCCUAUUUCCCUCAAGGUAAAUGGUACAAUUUUUACACAGGCGAAUACCUGAUCGGUGUCUCACAGUCGUUUUUCCUUCUUAAUGCUCCAAUGGAUGUGAUAAAUGUUCAUCUUCAGGGUGGAGCUAUUAUACCCUUGCAGGAACCAGCUCUAACGACCACCACCAGCCGUCAAAAUCCCUUCACACUUCUGUCCGCCCUUGAUGCCAGUGGCAGAGCUUUUGGUGAACUUUAUUGGGAUGAUGGAGAGUCUUUGAGUUCAGUACCUAAUGGUGUAUACAAUAUGAUACACUUCUUUGCCAACGAAACCACCCUUUAUAAUUCUGUCAUCAAAGCUGCUUACUUAAAAGAACCGAUGACCCUCCGUAACAUCACAAUAUUUGGUAUACCUAGCCAACCUACAUCAGUCCUGUUCAAUAGAUUUCCUGUGCCUUUCUCUUUCCAGCCUCAUACCAAGGUGUUGUAUGUACCAAGACUGAAUUCUGGUCUGUUGGUCCCCUUUCAGUUAACUUGGUCCUUUGCAGAUUAAUUCCAUCAGCUGAAGUUGCAUUUUGUUUGCAUGGUGAGAUCCAGUUGUUUCCUCAGGUGUUAUUUAUCCAUUACAUAAUCAAACACUUGUACAUUUGGAGAACGACAUUUGGUGGAAACAAUUGUAGUGAUUAAAAAAAUAACUGUCCGACCAUUACUCCUUCUCGUUGACACCCACCGCUUUCUUCAAUUUAAUAUUCACACAUGAUGGAUACCCAAACAUAAACAUGGAGGUAUAUAUUAAAGCUACCAGAUAGUAUUGGGUUAUUCUGAGGGUGGAUGAGCUUUAUACUGUACCCUGUCACGUUCCUGACAGAAUAUACCAUAACUACACACACAUAUAUAUAUACAUACAUAUAUAUAUGUGUGUGUGGUG